AUGAAUUCCGGAUUUCACGAGCGCGCGAAAGCUCUGAGGCCAGAUCAAUUCCUAAAACCGAACCGCUUCUGGGUUGGUAUUCUGUAUCAUGAGAGGAAGCCAGAAGCAAUCAGUCAGGAAUCUGACUUUCUCUGGAUUAAAGCGCAUGGUAAAAUCACGGUUCAGACCAUCCAGAAUGAGUAUUUCAAGAAAACUGCGGAAGACGUAGUGCUUAAGCUUGACGACGAGGUUCCUUCUGAAGGCGCUAAACUGGCAGAGGUUAACUACUACAACGAUAACAUCGUUAUAUUCCGCGCCGUGGACAGGGAUCCUCCAGAAGCACGCACACGCAGGCCACUGCAGCCAACCAAUGGGCAGACAUACGUGAAACCCUCCACGGAAGAUCAACCGCCCGCGAAGCCUCCGCCGACUGGGAAAGAUGUAGGAUCCAACGCGUCGCAUGUUUCAAGACCGAUUGAGCCAAAUAUUCCCGUCCAGCCACCACCGAGCCCUCUAGAUCAAAGCGCCGUUACUCAUGUGAAUCCACAUGCGUUUCCUCCGGCUGGGGUUCCUCCCACGCCCGAUGGAAAGUUGGAAUCUGGGGCACACUAUGGCCUCCCGCCUGAUCCCCGGUUAUUGUCCAUGUAUGCGGCUCCGCAGCCCAUCAAGAGCGAAGUACUCGAGAGUGGGUUUCCUUAUCCUCAGGGACUGCACCCUCCUGCAGCGCCAACGUCGGAUCCUCCCUUCCAGCCGGCUGAAGCUCCGUCUCGCCCAGAUUCGAUGGAGCCUCAGAACGUCUACUUGCAAAAACUCAUGACAGAAGAGUCUCCGGAGCUGCUUGAGGCGGGAGUUAAGAAAAGCUUAGAGCUACUGAGUUCACUGAAGGAGCCGCUGUACCCGCAUCUCAAGGAUACUCUUGAUGCGGAGAACUGGUUGAAGUCUGUCGAGACGCUUGAGAAACAAGCCACACGAGCCCGGACGGUGCUUGGGGUGGUCGGUAACACUGGCGCCGGCAAAAGCAGUGUUAUCAACGCUCUACUGGAUGAAGAACGACUCGUCCCUACCAAUUGUAUGCGAGCCUGUACCGCUGUUGUAACAGAAAUGUCUUGGAACGACAGCGAGCAGGAACACAGUAGAUAUCGGGCUGAAGUUGAGUUCAUCAAGCCAGAGGACUGGGCGAAAGAGCUGGAAGUCUUGUACACAGACCUUCUCGAUUCUGAAGGCAAGGUCACGAAAGACGUCUACAACGCGGAUUCUGAGGCAGGUAUAGCUUAUGCCAAAAUUAGGGCCGUGUAUCCCAAACUAACGAAAGAGAUGAUGGGGGAUCAAUCUGUGCAGCAGCUCAUGAAAGUUCCGGCCGUGCGAGACGUUCUAGGUACCACACGACAGAUUGUCGCCUCGGCGUCUGAUCGCUUCUACAAGCAGCUGCAGUUCUAUGUAGACAGCAAGGAGAAAGCCACGGCUCAAGAAAAGGACAAGAAGAAAAAGGGAGAGCCGAAGCAGAUGGAGUUCUGGCCUUUGAUCAAGGUCGUCAAAAUCUAUACCAAGUCUGCCGCGUUGAAGACUGCAGCUGUCGUGGUCGAUCUGCCUGGUGUGCACGAUUCCAAUGCCGCCCGCGCCGCUGUCGCAGAAGGAUAUAUGAAGCAAUGCACAGGCUUGUGGAUAGUUGCGCCGAUCACUCGCGCAGUGGAUGACAAGACUGCCAAAUCCCUCUUGGGCAACACGUUCAGGAGACAACUGAAGUACGACGGUACCUAUGGCAAUGUCACGUUCAUCUGUUCGAAGACCGACGAUAUCUCGGUGACGGAAGCUGAGGAUAGCCUGAAUCUCGAUCUGUCGGACAAGUGGGAUCAAGAGGAAGCUCUCAAGCGCGAGCUGAAGGAGAAGAAGAAGGAGUUUCAGGAGCUCAAGGAAUCGAAAGCAGUGUACAAGGAGGUAUAUGACGAAGCUGACGAGCAGUUAGACACAUGGGAGAGCCUCCUUGAGAGGGUACAGGCUGGUAAGACAGUCUUCGCGCCGAGGGAGAAAACUAAGCGCAAGCGAUCGCCAGAGAGCCCCAAGCAACGCAAGAAGAGUCGCCGCAAUAGUGAUUUCGAGCUCGAACUCGACUCCCAACCUAUCGCUGUUGACUCUUCGGAAUCUGAGAGCGAAGCAACCAGGCCCAAUGAUGAAAGCGAAUCCCGGGUGCCUCUAACGGAAGAGCGAGUGGAAGAAAGGAUAGCAGAGAUCAAAUCCAACAAGAAGCGUGCGAGGCAAGAACGAAUCAACUUGGAUGCGAAGAUCAUCGAGGCGCAGAAAGAGAUCAGGUCAAUUCAAUCUCAAAUGGACGAAAUCAAGGCUGAGAUCAGCGCCGUCUGCAUUGCGGGCCGAAACGGAUACUCGAAGGGCGCUAUUCAGCAAGAUUUCGCUGCCGGCAUCAAGGAACUCGACCAGGAGAAUGCUAUGGAGGAGAACGAGGCGGAUUUCAAUCCUGAGGAAGAUCUUCGAGACUACGAUGAGGUUGCGCGCUCUCUGCCUGUCUUUUGCGUCAGCAGCAGGGCUUAUCAGAAACUCAGCGGGCGUUUGCAGAGGGACGAAGACGUGCCGGGGUUCAAGACAUUGGAAGAGACCGAAAUACCUCAACUCCAAGCGCACUGCCUGAAGCUGACGGAGUCUGGACGCAUUACGAGCUGCAGACGAUUUUUGAGCAGCUUCAGUCAGCUCACAAACUCGAUGGGGCUUUGGGCUUCAAACGACGGGACUGGACUUCAACUGUCGGACACCCAAAUGAGGUCAGAGAACGCGUAUCUCCAGGAGAAACUCAAUGAGCUUGAGAAGGGCUUGGAGGCUGCUGUUGCAGAAUGCCUCCGGGAGAUGAAGGAGGCGCUGGCCGAAAACAUCUUCGAGAAGUACAAGGACGCAUGCGAGAAGGCAGAACAGGAAGCACUACCUACCUCUCAGCGAUGGGGCGCUCACAGGAAUCAAGGGGGUCUCUUCUGGGCCACUUACAAAGCAGUUUGUCGCAGGAAUGGUGUGUUCACCGGCGCCGGUGGUCUCCAUGACUUCAACGGACAGCUAUUCGAACCGGUUAUGAAGCUGCUAGCUACUGGCUGGGAGAAAGCAUUCGUUCGCCGUCUCCCUAAUGUCCUAGAGAGCUACAAGAAGAGCUCCAACACUCUACUGAAAUCGUUUCAUAGGUCGAUCGAGGCUCGCGCAAGGUCGCGCGGAGCUGGCGCAGCCGGCAUGAAUGUGCUAGCUCAGCAACUGAACGUAUACGAUCAGCAAUUCGCGCACUUGGCUGCCCAGAUGGUCGAAGUCAUCCAAAACAUGCAGCGAGACGCGAAUCGCGAGUUCGUGCCCGUCAUUGCCGACUGCAUGACAACCGCGUACGAACAAUGCGUUGCUGAAUCCGGAAUAGGAUCCUUCAUGCGGAUGAAGCGUGCCAUGACCGACCACGUCAGUCAAGAGUCGCAUACCAUGUUCCGCAAGGCAACAGAAACUGUCCAGACCGAACUGAUCCGCAUGUGCCGCGCGGUCGAAGAACACAUGGCCACUAAGGCGGACGAGGUUUUCGUCAGCAUGAAGCGAGACUACACUACGGUCCUCACUGGCGCGCACCUGCCACAAGGACAGCUCUUACCGAAGCCGGAGCGGACCUUGCGUGCAGAGGUUGCUGAGGUGCUGAAGACUGCUGAACCUCUCUUCAAGAAGCUUGUGGACGGGGCCGAAGACAAUAGUGACGAAGGGUUUACGGCUAACGAAGGUGCUGGCGAAGAGGAUGGCACUAAUGCCGAUGACGCGAUGGAUACGAGGAGCGAAAAUGGAGAUCACUGGGACAACGACGACACCAUGGUCAGCGGAGGGAAGUCAAACGCAUCGAACUCUCUGCGGGAAGAUCAAGAAGACACGCCCGACGAUACUGACAACACCUCGGGACCUUCCGUAAGCGCCGCAGCGUCCAGUGCUCCAGUCUCCCGAUCGAAAACAUCCACACCGCAAGUUGAAAGAAGCAACACCGACGCUUCUGCUACACCUGCCAACAGCGAGGCUCCUGUACGAAGGAACCUUAAUCCCACAGUGGAGGACUGGCAUUCUUCGCGCGGUACCAGUCUUGCUCUAGCGCGAGAGACUCCAACGCAAACUCAGUCUGAUGUGCGGAUGGCUGGCACGGAUGAUGAGGACUCGGAAUACCAUCCUGAUUCUACUCAGGGCGAUGAGACCUAG